AUGACAAUAUCUUAUAUGGGGAUUCAAUCACCCGCUAUAAGGAUGGACGAAGACUUUCUUAAUGUCUUUACAAAGUUUAAAUCUGGGCAUUGUUUCUUUCUCAUUGAUGUCAAGAUUUAAAGGUUGUAUAAUGAGCAGUUCUGCAAAUAAGUAUGGAAACUAGUUGCAAUUUGUAGCCCUUUCAAAGUUAAAGAAGGGGAUCCCUAGAGACCAAAAGACAGCCCUCAUCAGCUUCCAAUAUUAGUAUUUGUGUUUGAUUGCUGUCUUCAUCUCUCUAGCCAAAAGCAUGGAUCCACUUCCACACCCACCUUCCCCUGAUUUCUUUGCAAGCAUGCCAAUAUUUGCUAAAGUGAUCUUCAUCUCUAUGAUAGUGAUUGUGGUAGUGUUAUUGAUUUACACCUGCUUCCGGGGAUACAUUGCAAAGACUGAUAAGGCAUCUGUGGCGUGCACGCAAGAUUCUCGAGUCCAACCGCUUAAUAUUGACGAGUUCCUUAGUGACAUAGAGAAGCUCAAGCCUAUGAUGUUCACCUCUCAACAAUUAAGUUCAGCUACCUCAAACUUUAGCUAUAAACUUGGCGCAGGAGGAUUUGGUAAGGUUUAUAAGGGAACACUCUCGAAUGGGAUCAAUGUCGCUGUGAAGGUCCUAGAGGGAAGGUCAGACCACCGAAUCGAAGCUCAAUUCAUGGCGGAGGUGAGCACCAUAGGAAGAACUCACCAUGUCAACUUAGUCAGGCUUAUCGGUUUCUGCUUUGAGGAAUCCAUGACUGCCCUAGUCUACGAGUACAUGGAGAGAGGCUCGCUCGAUAAGUUCUUGUUUACGUGUAAGGAGAAGCUAGGGUUUGACAAGCUUCAGAAGAUAGCUGUCGGAACUGCAAAGGCAAUAGCAUACCUUCACGAGGAGUGUCAGGAAAGAAUAAUUCACUAUGAUAUAAAGCCUGGUAACAUUUUGCUCGAUCGAAGCUUCUCUCCCAAAGUUGCAGAUUUCGGUUUAGCAAAGCUUUGCAACAGAGAUGCCACUCAUGUUACCAUGACUGGAGGAAGGGGCACUCCUGGCUACGCGGCCCCUGAGCUAUGGAUGCCAUUCCCUAUAACACACAAGUGCGACAUCUAUAGCUACGGGAUGUUACUCUUUGAGAUUGUGGGGAGGAGGCGGAAUUUGGAGAUGAGUUUUCCUGAGAGCCAAGAGUGGUUGCCUAGAUGGGUUUGGGAAAAGUUUGAGAAAGGUGAGAUAGAAGAGACUCUGAUGAGUUUUGAAAUUGGGGAAGAGAAUAAAGAGGUUGCAGAGAGAAUGGUUUUGAUUGCUCUUUGGUGUGUCCAAUACAAGCCUGAAUUGAGGCCAUGUAUGAGUAAUGUGGUGAAGAUGCUAGAAGGAGGAGUUGAGAUCUUUCCACCACCAAAUCCUUUUACUCAUCUAAUUGGUGGAACAUCAGUUAUGGAUUCACAGCAAUUGAAAGCAAUAACAGAAGAAGAACCAUAUUCAGAGACUACCUCCACCAUGAAGAGGUUUGAGAUUAGGGUUGAUUCUUAAUGAAAAAUCUGGCCUUUGUAUAUGUCCUUGAAGGAGAAAUGCACUAAAUUAUUUAUUGGAUUAAGUUAUUAAUAUUACUAUUAUCUCUUUAGGAGCUCCAUAGAGGAGUCUUUGACCCUUUGGGCCAUUAACUCUUAUGGAGAAACUGGAUCUUAGGAAGGGAAUUAUUGUUGAGAUUGCCACUCUGUCCUAAGUUUGAAUCCUACUGUUGUACUACUUUUGAGUUUGUUAAUGUAUUCUUCUCUAAGACUUGGGUGUUCA